CUAGCCCGGGGCCCCGGUGCCCGCUCCCGCCCCGCGGCCGGCUCUGCCCGCUCUGCCCGCCCGCCCCGGCUCGGCUCGCGUUGCCCGCGCAGCCCGCCCGCCCGCUGGCGCCGCGGCGGCCGGCAGACCCCGCGCUCCCGCCCGGCUCUGCUCGGCUCCGCUCGGUGCGCGCCGCGGCCAUGCAGCGCCGGGGCGCCCUGUUCAGCAUGCCGGGCGGCAGCGGCAGCAGGAAGAUGGCUGCAGGAGACAUCGGCGAGCUGCUGGUGCCUCACAUGCCCACCAUCCGCGUGCCCAGGUCCGGGGACAGGGUCUACAAGAACGAGUGCGCCUUCUCCUACGACUCCCCCAACUCUGAAGGUGGACUCUAUGUAUGCAUGAAUACAUUCUUGGCUUUUGGAAGGGAACAUGUUGAAAGACAUUUUCGAAAAACUGGACAGAGUGUGUACAUGCACCUGAAAAGACAUGUGCGAGAGAAGGUAAGAGGGGCAUCUGGUGGAGCUUUACCAAAAAGGAGGAAUUCCAAGAUUUUUUUAGAUCUAGAUACUGAUGACGAUUUAAAUAGCGACGAUUAUGAAUAUGAAGAUGAAGCCAAACUUGUUAUAUUCCCAGAUCACUAUGAAAUAGCACUACCAAAUAUUGAGGAGUUACCAGCCCUGGUAACAAUUGCCUGUGAUGCAGUUCUCAGCUCAAAAUCUCCAUACAGAAAGCAGGACCCAGACACAUGGGAAAAUGAGUUGCCAGUAUCUAAAUAUGCCAAUAACCUCACCCAGUUGGACAAUGGUGUCAGGAUUCCUCCAAGUGGUUGGAAGUGUGCCAGGUGUGACCUGCGGGAGAACCUCUGGUUGAAUCUGACCGACGGCUCUGUCCUGUGUGGGAAGUGGUUCUUCGACAGCUCUGGGGGUAAUGGGCAUGCGCUGGAGCAUUAUAGAGACAUGGGCUACCCUCUGGCUGUGAAGCUGGGAACCAUCACUCCCGAUGGGGCAGAUGUUUAUUCUUUUCAAGAAGAGGAACCUGUUUUGGAUCCUCAUUUGGCCAAGCACUUAGCGCAUUUUGGAAUUGAUAUGCUUCACAUGCAUGGGACAGAGAAUGGGCUUCGGGACAAUGACAUCAAGCCCAGGGUCAGCGAAUGGGAAGUGAUCCAGGAGUCGGGGACGAAACUGAAGCCCAUGUAUGGCCCCGGGUACACGGGUCUGAAGAACCUGGGGAACAGCUGCUACCUCAGUUCAGUCAUGCAGGCCGUCUUCAGCAUCCCGGAAUUCCAGAGAGCGUAUGUAGGAAACCUUCCAAGAAUAUUUGACUACUCACCCUUAGAUCCAACACAAGAUUUCAACACACAGAUGACUAAGUUAGGACAUGGACUUCUCUCGGGCCAGUAUUCAAAGCCUCCAGUGAAAUCGGAGCUCAUUGAGCAGGUGAUGAAGGAGGAGCACAAGGACGCAGAACUCCCGGUAUUGCUGUGCACAGAGUACAAGCCUCAACAGAACGGGAUCUCUCCACGCAUGUUUAAGGCCUUUGUCAGCAAGAGCCACCCGGAGUUUUCCUCUAACAGACAGCAGGAUGCCCAGGAAUUUUUCUUGCACUUGGUGAAUCUCGUAGAGAGGAACCGCAUCGGCUCAGAAAACCCAAGUGAUGUUUUUCGGUUUUUGGUGGAAGAGCGUAUUCAGUGCUGUCAGACCCGGAAAGUCCGCUACACGGAGAGGGUGGAUUACCUGAUGCAGUUGCCAGUGGCUAUGGAGGCAGCAACCAACAAGGAUGAACUGAUCGCCUAUGAAUUAACAAGAAGGGAAGCAGAAGCAAACAGAAGACCCCUUCCUGAGCUAGUGCGAGCCAAGAUACCCUUCAGUGCCUGCCUUCAGGCCUUUUCUGAACCAGACAAUGUUGACGAUUUUUGGAGCAGUGCCCUACAAGCAAAGUCUGCGGGUGUGAAAACGUCCCGCUUUGCCUCGUUCCCUGAAUACUUGGUAGUGCAGAUAAAGAAGUUCACUUUUGGUCUUGACUGGGUUCCCAAAAAAUUUGACGUUUCUAUUGACAUGCCAGACCUACUUGACAUCAGCCAUCUCCGAGCCAGGGGGUUACAGCCAGGAGAGGAGGAACUUCCGGACAUCAGCCCUCCCAUAGUCAUCCCCGAUGACUCAAAAGAUCGGCUGAUGAACCAACUGAUAGACCCCUCCGACAUCGAUGAGUCGUCAGUGAUGCAGCUGGCUGAGAUGGGCUUCCCUCUGGAAGCGUGUCGGAAGGCUGUGUACUUCACUGGAAACAUGGGAGCCGAGGUGGCCUUCAACUGGAUCAUUGUUCACAUGGAAGAGCCAGAUUUUGCUGAACCACUGACCAUCCCUGGUUAUGGAGGAGCAGCAUCUGCUGGAGCCUCUGUAUUUGGUGCUACUGGAUUGGACAACCAGCCUCCAGAGGAAAUCGUAGCUAUCAUCACCUCUAUGGGAUUCCAGCGAAAUCAGGCUGUGCAGGCUCUACGAGCAACAAAUAAUAACCUGGAAAGAGCACUGGACUGGAUCUUUAGCCACCCUGAGUUUGAAGAGGACAGUGACUUCGUGAUCGAGAUGGAGAAUAACGCCAACGCAAACAUUAUUUCUGAGGCCAAGCCUGAAGGACCUAGAGUCAAGGAUGGAUCUGGAAUGUAUGAAUUAUUUGCAUUCAUCAGUCACAUGGGAACAUCUACAAUGAGUGGCCAUUAUGUUUGCCAUAUAAAGAAGGAAGGAAGAUGGGUGAUCUACAAUGACCACAAAGUUUGUGCCUCAGAAAGGCCCCCAAAAGACCUGGGCUACCUGUACUUUUACCGCAGGAUACCAAGCUAAACACAUAUGAAUUGGCGAGAAGAAGCCAUAACGCCUUUUUAAUUUGCCAAAAAGAGAAAAAAAAAAAAAAAAAGAAAGAAAGAAAAAAAUUUGGGACAAGCCAACAUGAAGGAAUACAUGGGGUAUUUAUAGUUUAUUCAAAGAGCACGAUCAUUUGGCACCUUCUAAAAUAGAAUUGGGAAGAAAUUUCUAUUAGUGAUGUUACUCUAUUGUAGAUAGUUUUUAUAAAUGUUCAAGGAGAGGGUGAUAUAAACAAAGGUCAUUCACAUUGCUGAUGUGGCAUCUGCCAUCAGCAUAUCAAAACUGGGGAUGUGCCCCCAGCCCUCUGUUUUGCUUUGGGGGUCAAGAGGUAGUGGCCUCCAGAGAAAUCAAUCAAUGAGGCCAUGGUGUGGCCUCACCUACAGUAAAUAAAAAGCCCACAUUUUGUUUCAUAUAGAAAAUCAGCAAGUGGGCUGGGCUUUACUUGUGGCAUAGUCUUUUUCAUUACGCACAAUAAUUUCUGACCUAUCCAUGUAUAAUAGAACAUCCACAGUGAAAGAUAUUUUUAAUUUCAAUCAUAUCAAAAUUCAUAAUAUGACUGUAUGAAUGUGUGUGAGUGAGCGAGAGUGUGCGACCUUUAUAGUCCACUAGGAAAUCUGUGAUGGGUUGGCUUUUAAAGGCUAAAUAGUUGGUAUUAAGCAUAUCUGGAAAAGGCAAGUAAAUAUUUUGACAAAUCUAUAACUCAGGAACAGUUAAAAAAUUUAAUUCCCCACUUAGAUUUUAAGGAGUAAAAAGGGCUGAGUUAUCCCCUUUAAGUGUAGUCAAGAAUUCACUUGGGGUUGUGACAUUUGGUGGCAUAAUGCCCCAUGUCCACAGGAGCCUAAGAGUGAACUUUGCUAAAGGUGGAUGAAUUCUCUUUCUUAGCAGCCCAUUCCUCCAAAGGUAUAGUGUUUAUUUUGAGUUAGAAUAGCUACCUUCUUCUUAUACCACAUGAAAAUUCCCUGGAAUCAUGUUAAAUGCCCCAGAUUUGUCUGUCAUUCUCUUGUCUCUGAACUCUUUGCCUGCCUCCAUGUCCAUGUUUUUCUGGGGCCAGUCUCGUUUCUGCCCUGUUUUGGUUUAUCACCUCAUGACUUGCCCUCGCUGCUUAUCAGCUGUGACUGACAAUGUGAUCUUGGGCACUUGAAGGAUUUCAGAUACAAAGAAACUUAACAUGUCAUUGUAAAAGGCCACCCUUUCCAUUUUGAUUAAGUAUUUUAGGUGCAACCUGGGAUUAAAUCAGAGUUUCUAAUGUGAUACACAGAGGGAUAAUUUUCCUACUGCUUUGUACCAAAUCCCAGAGUCUCUGGAGUUUCUAUUUCAGAUUAUUCAGUCAGAUGAUAAAGGAUUUAUUGCUGUCCUCUUCACUUGUAUUUGUUCAAUCGAAAGGAUCUUUCUAGAAACUGUAGGAAAAUAAAGCAGAACCAAUUGGGGGAAAUGAAGCAGAGAUGAGUCUGGAGCCAUAAGGAUUGGUGGUAGUUGGGCCCUGUCUCACAGGAGGUCAUGUACACCAUGUGAGCGAGGGAUGCAGGCUGGAGGCCUAUGGCCUACAGACCCGGGUGCUGUCCUGACUGGUGUGGGCAAGGCCCCUCUUCCUCCUCGUACCUCACUCUCCUCGUCUGCACAAUGGUGGGUGAUACCUGCCCUCCCUUUCCAGUUGUGCUGUGAGGCUCUGAUGAGAUUUGAGCCUGCACAGGUAGAAGGGUGUCCCACAGUGGGUCCCAGUAGAGCAUGCUCCCUGCCUUGUGAGAUUGGCAGAAGGAGGGGAGCUCAUGGUGCAGUCCUCCUCUACGACACUGUGCCCACUGGUGUCACCUUCUGGUGUUGACUCAGAGGUCCUGAAGCAGACCCAUUCUCUGGCUCAGGUCCCUGACUCUGGUGGAAACCCUUACACGAAGCAGCCUUACAAAAUCCAGUGCCCUUAGGGCCAAGUAUGGUGAAUAAUGACUCCAAACACAAAUCAAAAAUGGCUUGUUUUCAACAAUGUUGCAAAGCAAAGGCCUUUUGGGGCAGCAGGGGGAGAAAUGGAGGUUUGGUUCGCCAUGUGGACAAAGACAGUAUGUAUAUUUUGAACGAACUAAAAUUUUUGUAAUAGAACUUUCCAAAAUUAAUGGUAUAAAAUCUGUACUUAAGAUUACAGGCUAUAAAUUAUUUAAUUUCCCUAGGUAGAAAACGUCAUUUAGCCCUUUUGAUGCCUAAAACAUACUGUAAGAAAGUGUACUACGGCUGCCUUUUUUCCUGUCUCGUGAAACAAAGGGCUAUUUCUACAAGGCAAAGUUUUGUAUAUGUGCUAUUCUCUAUUUCAGAUCUAGACUUGGAGAAAACUGGAGGAAACAAUGGAUUUCUUUCCUGUUUAAGAAAAUGUAUUUAUAUGUAUCUCUUAAUAUAUAUAAGCAGGUUCCCUGGAAUAAAAGUCUGGAAUGUACUGCUUAGUUUUACACAUAGAUGUAGAUGAGAUUAUUUGUGACUGAAAACUGGAAUAAUGUGUGGGUUGUGUCACCUGAUCAGCCUGUUAAGAGUCCUCUGUGUGAGGCUUGAUGGUAUAAUUGUGAAGUUCUCACUGAAUGUAGGUGUCUAUGUGAAAGACAGCUCUUUCUUCCUGUAAAUACCUUUUGAUAUCUUUGUGUAGAAUCCCAAUGAAUGUGUCUUUGGAAAAUGUAAUGUAUCAACAUUUUUAAUUUUGUUCAUUGAUCUAAAUGCCCAAAUAAUUAAUCAAAAGUCCAGUUUGGUUCAGAUUGGGAUUUUCCUUUUAAAGUAAAUAUAUAUAUACAGAGAAAAUUAUGGGAAGAAUCAUGUUUUAAUGCCGUUUUACAUCAAUGUUGUUUCAGUAUUUUUGAAAUGACUAGUUCGUUUUCUCAAACCUACAAGAGAAUGUGCCUGCCAUUUCCCCAUUGCUCCCUCUGGGCUCCCUGCACCAUUUACUCCCUUUACCUGAGCCAGAGCCUCACCUGCAGGCCACAGAGAGAACACCCGGGUUUGUGUCCCAACUCUGCUUCUGUAUCUGUUAGGACUGGGUCAUUUGACCUCUCUGGGUCUUCAUCUUUUAAAUGGCCAGAAAAACUCACAAGUCCCUUCCUGCCCUAACAUGCUGUUCUGUUUUUAUUUUCCUGUGAUCACUACCAGAAUCAGACUUAUGAAAUGUGGGGAUCACUUAGAGUUUUCGAUGUUAGUUUUUGGAUUAUUACAAUUUAUACACCCAAUUGUAGGACCUGUGUCAUUUUUAGGGUUCCCACCCCAUUUCUAUUCCUGCUCUACUUUCUUUUCUCUGGUAACUAUCUCAUUUUUUCCCCACUCUUGAAACUCAGAAUUUUCCAGUCUGUAAGGCACUUUGCUCAAAACAAAAGCGAUCCAUUUAAAACGCCUUCUUGGAAAAGCACCAGAAUGACCUUUAGUUAAACCCAUAACAUUUGCAGGAUAUUUUAAACUUCCGAUUUGGUUAUAGAUUGCUAUGAUCUCCAUAUGGGUGCUGAAAAAGGUGUCUAUCCAAGAAAGAAUGUCAUUUGCCUUACACAGGCAUCACUGUUGUUAAAUCUCAGAGUCCAGGCUAUCUGUGGGGAGAUGACUGGAACCAGGAGCAGGACCAGGGGAUGGGAUUAGAUGAAAAUGUGAUUUUUAUCCCUUAGGUAAAAAAUCACAGGCCACAGAAGGUUCUGAACUCCUGUGUUGAUUUAUACAAUUGUCUACACAGUGUAAUAGCGAUUUUCUACUCAACGAAUUGUCCUGAAAGAGUUUGCAUAAAAUUCUCUAGAUAUAUGCUUUUCAUUCAGCACAGUAGCCACAUGUGUCAAAUGACCCUUGGAAUUUGGCCUGUUCAAAUUGAGAUUGUGCUGUGCACAUAAAAUGCAGCACCAGAUCUUGAAGGCUUCAUACCCCAGAAAAAGAAUAUAAAUAUUUCAUCAAUACUUUGUUGAUUACAAAUAUUAUGUUGACUAUAUUGAUUAAAUAAAAUGUUAAAUAUUAAAAUUACUCUCACCAAUUUUAGUCUGUUUUUUAAUGUGGCUAGUGAAAAAUUUUAAAUUAGACGUAUGUUGUAAUGUUGCAAUUCUGUUAGGCAGUGUUGCUCUAAACUUCCAUGGUGUGAGAUAGGCAAUGACAUACAAUAGGUAGGAAGGUAAUUCUGCAGAGCAUCAAAAUAGAAGUGACACAAAUAUUUUUGCUGUAGUCAGGAGCACUGUGAGACACAGAACAUCUUCCAGAAUGUUCUGCCCCUCCACCACAUAUACAAAAGCAAGCAAGCCCUGAGCUGCCUUCUUUGAGCUUUGUCUAGAAGCUGCUACCUUUGUACUUAUUUUUCUAGCAUCUACCAGGUGCCAAGGAUGUUAGCCACAUGAGGGUGUUGGGCAUAUUGGUUUCACCUUAGGCAACAUUCUCUUGUGGUUACCCUCCCCAGGUCUUGUUUAGUCUGUUCAAAGCUGGGCGUGGUGAAAUGCUGUGCGAAUCUUGCCGCUCCAUGUGCUGUUUCUCCUGGCCUGGGCAGAGACUGAAGUUCAUCAUGUCCUGUGCCCACCUGCCCAGCAGGUUUUGAUGUUGGUUGCUGAAAGAGUUUGUAUUUAUUUUAUUUUGCACUGGUCACAGUUGUUGUUUAAACUCUCUCAAAUGUUUUGGGAGAGUAUUUGCCUGUGAUGGAAAGAGAUGGAUGAUUUAUUGCUUCGAUUGUUUUAAAUUAAAAGCUAUUCUCACAAUCUGA